GGAAAGUUUUGCAAGGAAGAAGCAUGUGCAGCAGCGAUGGUCCGAGUGAAGUCGAGGUAUUUACUUUGUGAAGUAAAUGUGACGGACAGAAACUUGCUGUUGCUGCUGGAUGACCGUGCAGUCACCGCAGCAGUGAAGGAUGUUGUCCAGCGCAUGCACGGUGACUAUGGGGCAGCUCUCUGUAGUUUUGGAUUCUCGGUGAAAUACCUUAAUGCUGUCACUGGAAUCAUAUUGUUACGUUUUCCUAAAAAGUGUUACAAACAACUUUGGUCUGCAUUACCGUUUAUUACCAGUAUUGAAGCAAGAGGGAAGCAAAUUUCCUGUUUCCUCAAUUGCAUCUAUGUAGGAGGUACAAUUAGAACAUGCCAAAAGUUCCUAAUACGGUAUAAUGCUCACCAGCUCCGUCGGAUGCUUCCAAAAUGUAAAAGUGAAGAAGAAAAACACAACAUUCAACAAGCAAUUUUGGAUUGCUGUCUCACACGAACACAUACAGAGGAAGCAGAAGAUACACUAGAAAGUGAAGAAGAUGAGUGACCUUCAAAUACAACAUGAUUCUGUAUAUUUGAUUUGACAGACUUUAAACUUAAUAAAUUAGCUAUUCGCUAUUAAACAAGCCAUUACAACUUAUUAGCCAUUACUUCCCAUCAGUGUUGGGUGUAUCAGUGUUGGGUGUAUCUGAGUUAGAAAUACUCACCUUGCUGUAAAAGGAUUACAAUUUUAAGUAAUUUAGUAGUGUAUCCAAUUACUGAACAUGCGUGUAAUUCAAUUUCAGUUACUAACUAAAAUACUUCCUUUUCCAUGACUUUUGCCAUCAGAUAACCAUAACUAAAUACCUAUCCUCAAAGGUUAGGUAUUUAGUUACUGCCUCAAGAAUAUGUAAGUAACUAAGUAAGUAGAGUAAUAUAUUACUUUUUAAACAAAUAACUAGUAAUGGGUAACUAAUUACUUUUUUAAAGUAACUUCCCCAACACUGUAGAACUGUACUCUACAUUAGCCCUAAGAUGGAAAGCAGAGAGUACAGUUGUCAGACAUAAGAUGGGAAGUAAUGGCUUAUAAGGGACACAAAUAUGCUCAACGUGAUUGACAAAAACUCUAAAACAUACUAUUGUGUCUAUUAAUGAUAUGGUUUUGUUCUCUUGCACAUUUUUGUAUUUGUAUUUUUUUGUAUUCUGUACUGUAUUAAAUUAAAAGCAUCUUACAAUG